UCUGGAAAUAUAUCCGAUUCCCGAAACUAUUAUUUGUGUACUACUUCCGCUGAUAAUUUUCGUAUGUGAUAUAUAAAUAUGGACACAUUAAUUUUGUGUAUCACACAACCGUAUAUCAGUCCAGGUAGGUGUCAAUAACUAACCAGCUUCAAAAUGGCCACACCGAAAAGAGAUGCAGCCGCUGAACAAUUAACGCAGCAAUCAAAAAAGCAUCAGGUCGACAAAGACGUGAUAACAGCAAAUUGGGGUACUGCAGUAGCGGGGAAAGACGCUAGUCUAACUGUGGGCUACAAUGGCCCAAUCCUGCUCCAAGACUACACGUUGAUCGACGAAAUAGCCCAUUUCACUAGGGAGCGUAUCCCUGAAAGAGUUGUGCAUGCUAAAGGAGCGGGGGCCUUCGGAUACUUCGAGGUCACUCACGAUAUCAGUCAGUACUCUGCGGCGAAGGUUUUCUCUGAGAUUGGAAAGAAAACGCCCAUCGCAGUUAGAUUCUCCCAAGUAGCUGGCGAAAUGGGCUAUCCUGACACGGUACGUGAUGUUAGAGGCUUCGCUCUGAAGUUUUAUACUGAAGAUGGGAUAUGGGAUUUAGUCGGAAAUAAUUUUCCAGUUUUCUUCGUGAAGGACUCUAUUUUGUUUCCGGACUUUAUUCAUACUGUCAAAAGAAAUCCAAAAACUCAUAUAAGACCCGACUACGACAUGUUCUGGGAUUUCAUCUCACUCAGAGCUGAGUCGACCCACACCAUGUUGAUGAUGUUCUCGGAUCGUGGUAUUCCCAACAGCUACAGACACCAACAUGGAUAUGGAGUGAACACAUUUGCGUUUGUAAAUGCCGCAGGGGAGUUCAACUAUGUCAAGUUCCAUUGGAUGAGCAAUCAAGGCAUUGCUAACCUGGGUUCCGCAGAAGCAGAGCGUGUAGCUGGCAACGAUCCAGAAUACUUGAUUCGCGAUCUCUUCAACAACAUAGAAAACGGCAACUACCCCUCGUGGAGCUUUUACAUACAAAUAAUGACACCUGAGCAAGCCGCCAAAAAUCCUUACGAUCCUUUUGAUGACACGAAGGUGUGGCUACACGCCGACUAUCCUCUUAUUCCUGUAGGAAGGCUUGUGCUAAAUAAGAAUCCCAAGAGCUACUUUGCCGAAGUGGAACAGAUUGCUUUUGAUGUGGCUCACUUGAUACCAGGUAUUGAACCCUCUCCCGAUAGAAUGGUCCAAGGAAGGCUGUUCAACUAUGGAGACACUCAUCGUUAUCGCAUAGGGGUUAACGUCACUCAGUUACCUGUCAAUAGCCCCUUUAAAGUUGCUAACUAUUCAAGAGAUGGUCGCCAUACAAUACAGAGUCAAGGUGGAGCUCCGGUUUACCACCCCAACAGCUUCCGAGGCCCGGAAGACGAUCGUCGCGCACGCGCAUUAGCUCCAGUACUGCCGCUAAACGGCGACGUAAAGAGGAUUGACAGUGGGGGCGAUGACAACUUCACUCAACCUGGAUUGCUCUACAGACGUGUGAUGAACGAAGGCGAGAAACAAAGAUUGGCUGACAACAUCGUUUCUUGGUUGGCGAGAGCCAAUACUGUGAUCCAGGAGAGGACCAUCACCAACAUUCUGAACAAGGUGGAUGAAGAUCUCGGAAGAAGGGUCAGAGAGGGGAUCAAUAAUUCACAACCGCACGCUACUGUCGAUUUGUGAGGUGGAUAGAUUGGAUCAUGGCUUGAGAUGAUUGUUGCUAUUCUAAAUUGGACUGUUAUUGGAAUCGAAUCAAUAUAAUCUUGCAGAAUA